AUGGGCGUGAUGCUUAACAUUUUUGUCACGCCAAAGGAAAUUCAGUCCCGGGUGGACCAAGCUAGUCAAAUAAAGAAAAGAACAACGCACUCUAUGUCAAAAAUUCUUGGUGUUACUGAAACCAAGGUUACACGCGGAGACGGAUUUAUAUUGCUGCUAAGAUCUCCCUCAUCGUGUAACCUAUGGUUGUUGAUAUUACAUUAUUUUCGAUCACAUCUUAUCUCUUCUUAUCUGAUGAACAGCCAUGUCACAGGAAUAACUGCCAAUUUUCCGUUAAUCGAGACCAAUUCCAAAAGACUUCUAUACGAGAAUCAAGGUUAA